AAGUAUAUUAUGUCUGGCCUCUGCUUCCUCUUCUUCUUCUUCUUCUGUUAUAUUAGGCGAUAGUUUUAAUAACUAUCGUGUCGACAGUUUGAAGGAUAAUACGCUAGAGAGAGAAAUUGAAACGAACUAGAGUGAGGGAGGGAGGGAGUUUUAGAGAGAGAAAGUGGUGGUUUCUGGUUUGUUUGGUUUUUUGAUUGAGAGUAGCAGGAGGUUGUUUGCUUGCUCGGAAGAGGAAGAGGAAGAGGAAGGAAAGAAGGGAAUGCAACUGGGAAAGUACGAGAUAGGAAGGACUCUGGGCGAAGGAAAUUUCGGCAAGGUCAAGUACGCUAAGAACCUCGAUUCUGGACAAUCAUUCGCUGUUAAAAUCUUGGAAAAGAACAGAAUUCUCAACAUCGCCGAUCAGAUUAAGAGAGAGAUUGGCACAUUGAAGCUCCUCAAACAUCCAAACGUCGUCAGAUUACAUGAGGUAUUGGCAAGCAAAACCAAGAUUUACAUGGUCCUAGAAUAUGUAACUGGCGGUGAACUGUUUGACCGAAUUGCAUCCAAAGGAAAACUCUCUGAGGCUCGAUGCAGGAAGCUCUUCCAACAGUUAAUUGAUGGACUUAGUUACUGCCACAACAAAGGCGUUUAUCACCGGGAUCUUAAGCUGGAGAACAUACUUGUUGAUGCAAAAGGAAACAUAAAGAUUUCUGAUUUUGGCCUCAGUGCAUUACCCCAGCAUUUUAGGGAUGAUGGGUUACUGCAUACCACCUGUGGAAGUCCAAAUUAUGUUGCUCCUGAGAUUCUUAAUAAUAGGGGAUAUGAUGGUGCCACCUCAGAUACCUGGUCGUGUGGUGUCAUCUUAUAUGUAACUCUCACAGGAUAUCUACCAUUUGAUGAUAGAAAUCUUGCAGUUCUCUAUCAAAAGAUUUUCAAGGGGGAUGUUCUGAUACCAAAAUGGCUAACCCCAGGAGCACAAAACUUAAUAAGGAGAAUUCUUGAUCCCAACCCUGUUACAAGGAUAACAAUGGCAGAGAUCAAAGUAGAUGAAUGGUUCAAGCAAGACUAUACUUAUGCGGACCCUGAUGACGAAGAAGAUAUAUUCAUAGAUGAUGAAGUUUUAUCAAUACAUGAUAUGACAUCAGAAGCAGAAAAAAAUUCAAAAUCACCUACGCUCAUCAAUGCCUUCCAGCUGAUUGGAAUGUCUUCAUUCCUAGAUCUGUCUGGUUUCUUUGAGAAAGAGGAUAUUUCGGAGAGGAAGAUCAGAUUUACAUCCAACCAUUCUCCAAAAGAAUUGCUUAAGAGGAUUGAGGAUACUGUUACUCAGAUGGGAUUUCAAGUUCAGAGGAAAAAUGGAAGGCUUAAGGUGAUGAAAGAGCACAAAGGUCAGAAAAGCCAGGGGACUCUUUCUGUUGCAGCAGAAGUGUUUGAGAUAAGCAAAUCCUUGUAUGUAGUUGAAUUAAGAAAAUCCUAUGGAGAUUCUACGGUGUAUAGACAGUUGUGUACAAAGCUAGCAAAUGACCUGGGUGUCUCAACAAGUCAAGAACAGCUGCUGACCAUGAAAGCUUGAGUAUCCAAAGACAGUUAGAUUAGAAACAGCAACAUCAAUAUGCCUAGUAUAGAAUCUAUAUAAAGAUCCAUAGGAAGAAAUUUAUUUGCUUUUGUUCGCGCGUUUUUUGGCUUCACACCAGUCAAUGGAGUUUGUGGGCGUGCCAUAGUAUGUAUAUACUCAAAAAUAUGAUUGAACACCAACUAUCCCUUUUGGUUAGUGGUCGACUUCAGGCGAAUGUGUGGGAAAGAGAAUAUCACAGCGAGAUUCUUUUUC